AUGGCAUACCAAACCAAUCUCUUCAUCAACAACGAGUACGUUCCCUCCUCGUCGGGAGAGACCCUGUCCAUCUACAGCCCCAACGAUGACACACUGGUCACGGACAAAGUCCAAGUGGCCUCCGAGGCUGACGUUGACCGUGCUGUCGCCGCCGCCAAAGCCGCCUUUCCAACCUGGUCAUCCACCCCGGGUGCAAAGCGAGCCGCCAUCAUGCUCAAGUUUGCCGAUCUCCUGGAUGCCAAUGCCGACCGCCUCGGAAAAUUAGAGACGGUAUGCAUGGGCCAGCCCAUCACUCUCGCAAAGGGUUUUGUUCACGGCCCAGCCGCAAUCUGGCGCUACUAUGCUGGUUUCGCUGGCAAGAUCGCCGGGGAAAGCUACCCUCCUGAGGGUGAUGGCUCCUACAAAAUCGUCGCCUAUGAGCCACUUGGAGUCUGUGCUGGGAUUGCUGCCUGGAACGGUACCCAUGCCCUUGCCGCCUGGAAAAUGGCUGCCGCUCUAGCUGCUGGAAAUACCUUCGUCUUCAAGCCCUCGGAGAAAUCCCCACUGGGUGCAGCACUCUAUGGAGAACUGAUCAAGGAAGCCGGCUUCCCGCCCGGCGUCAUCAAUAUCGUUAUAGGUGCCGCACCAGUUGGUGCCAUGCUGGCAUCCCAUAUGAGUAUCGCCAAGAUUGCCUUCACUGGCUCUGCCGCCGGUGGACGAGCAGUCCAAAUCGCUGCGGCCAAAUCCAAUAUGAAACAUGUCUCCCUGGAGCUGGGAGGCAAAUCUCCCGCUCUGAUCUUCGACGAUGCCGAUUUGGACAAUGCCCUCCUGCACAAUUCCGCAGGUUUUCUGCGGAACUCUGGACAGGUUUGCUUUGCAUCGUCAAGAGUCUUCGUGCAAGAAGGUAUUGCCCCCAAGUUUAUCGAAGGAAUCAAGAAGGCUUUCGAAGAUGCGGCCAAGAAAAUGGGAGAUCCUUCUUUGGCUGAAACGGCAUAUGGCCCGCUGGCUGACAAGAAACAAUUCGACCGCGUCAUGGGAUUCUUAAUCGAUGGCAAAGCCGAGGGCAUUGAAGUCUUGACUGGAGGAGGGAGAAUGGGCGACAAGGGCACCUUCGUGCAACCUACCGUACUCCUUAAUCCUGAUGUCAGGAGCCGCGUCUUCACCGACGAGAUAUUUGGACCUGUAAUUGCUGUCAAGACAUUUAAGACUGAGGAGGAUGCCAUCGCCAUGGCUAACGAUACCACGUACGGUCUUGGGUCAUCUGUUUUCACAUCCGAUAUUGCUCGAGCAUUGCGCGUGGCCUCCAAGAUCGAGGCCGGAAAUGUGGGAGUUAACCAAGCAUAUAAGACAACUCCACAGACGCCCUUUGGUGGUUACAAGCAAUCAGGGCAAGGGAGAGAAAGCGGCUAUGAAGGGCUGAAAGGAUAUUUGCAAGCCAAGACCAUCGUCAUAAAUAUGGAGUUGCCCAAGAAAGCAUGA